GUCUAUAGUAAUAACACCACCAUCCUCUAGGGGGCAGUAUACGCAAUUCAUUGCUAAAAUCUCACGAGAAGUUGUUUUUACUUCCGGUCUCUCUUUUACUUCCUGAAGCCUGGCAUAGAUACGUAUUGACAUGACACGUUCCAAGCAGAUUGGCAAUCACAAGAAUGAUAAGAAGAAAAACAUUGCCAAGCAAUGGAAAACCAAGCGCAGGUUCAAGGAUCUAGAUCAGAUCCAUGUGGAUAUGCUGCCAGGGAACGCACAGAAACUGCUGAACCAGGAAGUGGACUACACCUUGCCUGGCAACGCUCAGAACUACUGUCUCCACUGCGCGAGAUAUUUUGUUGAUCUGAAGACAUUAAAAGAACACUUCAAAACAAAGGUUCACAAGCGCAGACUCAAACACCUGAGAGAUGAACCUUACACCCAAGAAGAAGCGGAACGGGCAGCAGGAAUGGGAUCCUUCAUUGCCCCCAAAAAGAUAGAGGUUAAAACACAGGAUGUGCAGAUGAGCUAGUAGAGUUUUGUGUCUACCAGUUCUGAAUGGACUCUGGCAGUGAAUGGGCAGGUACCAGAAUAGAAGAAGACCGAACAAUUGCUGCUGCCUUUAAGUCACUUGGUUAUGCAAUGUGUCAUAUAAAAGCUUAACCCAGGUAACUCCGCCCACUUCUCUUGUACAUGACUUACUCCUGACAAUUACUUAAAGGGAAACUAAACCCAAAUGUUUUCUUUCAUGAUUCAGACAGAGCAUGCACUUUUAAGCAACUUUCUCAUUUACUCCUAUUAUCACAUUUUCUUCGUUCUCUUGCUAUCUUUAUUUGAAAAAAGCAGGAAUCUAAACUUAGGAGUCGGCCCAUUUUUGGUAAGCACACUGGUUAGCGCUUGCUGGUUGGUGGCUACAUUUAUCAUCGAUCAGCAAGCACUACCCAAGUGCUGAACCAAAAAUGGCCCGUCUCGUAAGCUUACAUUCCUGCUUUUUAAGUAAAGAUAGCAAGAGAACAAAGAAAAUUUGAUAAUAGAAGUAAAUUACAAAGUUGCUUAAAAUUGUUAGCUGUAUCUGAAUCAUGAAAGAAACAAAUUUGAGUUUAGUAUCCCUUUAAGAUCUAUCUUCUAUAUACAUCUGCUAAUGGAGAAAUAACUUCCAAAAAGAAUAGGCAAGCUAUCCAUCUAACAUACAUGGUUAAUGUAAAGACAAUUUCUCAACUGUUGAAUAAACUUGUGUGCAAACA